GUGGUCUAUAGACCUACGAAAGCUUCGAAACUAAAGCAAAUAUAGAGCAAUGAGCACCACUAGAUUACUCUUGCGUCGUAAUUCAAAACAGUCGGAUCUCAUUUUUCCAUCAUUUUCUUCUCCGACGUGUUCCCUGUCACGCACAAGAAUCCUGAAAUGCUCGUUGGGGCGAGGAUCGGAUGGUCAGAAUCAGAAACCAUCCGAGAGAAAAUCGUCGGUGGAGGUGAAAGCUUAUGUGCCUACUUCAGAGAUCGUGAUCACAAGUAAGACAGAAGUAAGACGAGGAUUGAUGGAUUCUGUGUUUCUUGUCUCCCAAGUAACUGAUAUUUUUAUCACGGAGUUAAGGCAAGCUAUCAGAAGAAGGGCAUGGAGACUGCAGUUGCAGAGGAAUAUAGAGAGGGUAAUACUUGACUGCAGAUUCUACACCCUAUUUGCAGUUGCUGGAACUUUAUUAGGUUCUGUACUCUGUUUCUUUGAGGGCUGCUCUCGUGUCUUAGAAUGCUAUUCACAUUAUCUUAAGGGAUUGACGCAUGGAGUAAAGAGUAACACAAUUCACAUUUUAAUCGAAGCCAUAGAUAUGUUCUUGUUCGGCACAUCCAUGCUAGUUCUGGGAAACGCUAUAUAUAACAUGUUUGUGAGCUGCAAAUCAAACCAAAGCAAUCAAUCGAUUGGUGAAGUAAAGGCGAGAAUAGGGUAUGCAGUGGUAAUGAUACUUCACGUUGGGAUGAUGGAGAAGUUCAAGACUACGCCACUGGUGACAUGUAUGGACCUCGCUUGUUUUGCUGCAUCACUCUUCAUUUUAUCGGCUUCUAUGUUCCUUUUGUCUAGAUUGUCUUCUUCACUACGAACCAGUAAAACCGGUGAAAGAGUUAAUUGAUAGAUGAUCAAAAGUGGAUUUGCAUCAGUUAGAAAAAAAGAAAACAGGCUUGUCGUAUAAAACUAUUUUUUUAGUAUCACAAAGAUUUGUUAUAGACUUAUAAUUGUACUGACAAUUCUUUUUCAUUAAAUUUAUUUUCAUAUGUAUAAAAA